AUGCGAGCGUCUGCCUUCAUCCGCCAGGACGCGGCCCCUUUAAGACUCCCGGAAGCGGGCGCCAGUGGAAGUGACGCAAGUGGCCCGGGAGCUGCGGACGCGGAGGCCGACAGAUCUCGAGUCCCGAGCGCCGCGGGGUCUCCGGGACAGGUGACCGGAGGAGGGGGUCAGGAGCGCGCCCGGGGAGGGCGGAGCCUGCGCCUCACGUGGAGAGAGCGGGAGCCGGCGUGGGCGCGGUACCAGCUAGCCCGCGGGGGCGGGGUCAGAGCGGCCGCCCUGGAUCUAAAAUCGAAGGAGGAGAAGGAUGCUGAGUUGGACAAGAAGAUCGAGGCCCUUCGGAGGAAGAAUGAGGCCCUUAUCCGGCGCUACCAGGAGAUCGAGGAGGACAGGAAGAAAGCAGAGCUCGAGGGCGUGGCGGUGACAGCCCCCCGGAAGGGCCGCCUGGAGAAGGAGAACAUGGCCGUUGAGGAGAAGAACUUGGGCCCUUCCCGGAGGUCUCCUGGGACCCCUCGGCCCCCAAGGCCCAACAAAGGGAGCCGGAUGCCCCCUCAGCGAGGAGGCCGGGCAGGUGCUGGCCGGGCACCCCGAAGCUGGGAGGAGAGUCCUGGGGAGCACCCUCGAGGAGGAGCUGGGGGCCGAGGCCGGAGGGGCCGAGGCAGGGGUGCCCCUCAUCUUUCUGGGGCUGGAGAUGCCAUCACGGCGAUUGCUGACCGCAGAUCCAAGGAGUGGGAGGAGCGGCGCCGGCAGAACAUCGAGAAGAUGAACGAGGAGAUGGAGAAGAUAGCGGAGUAUGAGCGGAACCAGAGGGAGGGCGUGCUGGAGCCCAACCCCGUGCGGAACUUCCUAGACGACCCCCGGCGUCGCGGAGGGCCCCCAGAGGAGCCGGAGCGGGACCGCCGGGAGGGCAGCCGCCGGCACGGGCGCAACUGGGGGGGCCCUGACUUCGAGCGCGUGCGCUGCGGCCUGGAGCACGAGCGGCAGGGCCGGCGGCCCAGCCCUGGAGGCACUGGUGACAUGACGCUGUCCAUGACGGGCCGGGAGCGGUUGGAAUACCUUCGCUGGAAGCAGGAGCGAGAGAAGAUUGACCAGGAGCGGCUGCAGAGGCACCGGAAGCCCACUGGCCAGUGGCGGCGGGAGUGGGAUGCCGAGAAGACCGACGGGAUGUUCAAGGAUGGCCCAGGCCCUGCUCUUGAGCAGUCCCCUCGAUGUGAUGACCAGCCUAGGGCCCGGCCCCCCAAGCCUCCAACAUUUGGGGAGUUCUUGUCUCAGCACAAAGCUGAAGUCAGUAGCCGCCGGAGAAGAAAGAGCAGUCGGCCCCAGGCCAAGGUGGCCCCUCGUGCCUACAGUGACCACGAUGAUCGCUGGGAGAUGAAGGAGGCAGCAUCCCCGGCCCCCCAGCCCCCCCAGCCCUCUCCACCCGAGGAGCCACACACGCAGCCACCUGUGGCCCCAGAUCCUGUCCACCGGCCUCCUGAAGAUGAGGGAGAGGAGGAUGAAGGGGAGGAGGAUGAAGGGGAGGAGGACGAGGAGUGGGAGGACAUAAGUGAGGAGGAGGAAGAGGAGGAAGAAGAAGAAGAGGGUGCAGAAGAGGAGGAGUCCACCUCAGACCACCAGCUUCAAGAGGCCAACGCUGUCAGCCCCUCUGGCUCCCCCACCAGUGAGCCGACUGACCCCGUGCCUUCCAGGCCUGAGGAGCCCCUGCCACUUGGCCAGGCCCCCGCCACACCGACCAGUCCCUUCUCACCCACUGGGGACCACCAGCCUGUGUCCGACUGGGGAGGUCACCAGCCAGCCCCUGCCUCCCUGGAGAGUGGGCCCAGCCUCCCUGGAAGCCAGAAAGCUGAAGAGGAGGAGGGGCCUGAGGCAGCUUCAGGUGGGAAGAGGGCGGGGGGAGGGGAGGCGGCCCCCGAGGCCCUGGAGAUGGCGCAGAUCACCGACUUCCAGAGGGUGCGUUUCUGCAAGGUGGUGGCGGCUGCCUCGCCUCCCGGGGCCGCCCGCUGA